AUGGGCGACAUCGAUGGUGAUGACGCUUCGUGUAGGGUCAUCUCAAAGGGCGGCGGCGUGGUGCUCGUGUCGGUUGAAUACGGACUCGCACCGGAAAAUAAGCAUCCCGUCUUGAUCAAUGAUUGUUUCAGGGGACUUAAUUGGACUCUUGAAAACGCAAAAGAUCUUGGAGGAGUUGGGGGCAAGAUCUUUACGGUCGGAGUCUCUGCUGGAGCUGGGCUUGCACUCGGCGUAGCUUUGAAAGCGAUCGACGAGGACUUGGGAGUUUACUUGGUGGGUGUAGUCGCACAGGUCCCGGCCACAGUCCAUCCCGAAGGAGUACCAUCAGAGCUUCAAGCGAGAUUUAAGUCAAUGGAAGAGCAUGCAGAUCGCACUAUUGACACUGCUUCUGCAAUGCAUGCGUUCUGGGACGCUUUCGGUACCCCGCCCACUGAUCAUUAUGCUUCGCCGCUGCUUCAUCCUAAAGUCAAGGACUUGAAGAAGGUAUAUCUGAGUGUGGCAGGGCACGACACACUUCGAGAUGAUGGGCUGUUAUUCAAGGAGCGUUUGGAUCAGAACAGAAAUUUCAGCGUCACCAACAAGCUUGACUUCUACAAAGGCUAUCCUCACUAUCACUGGACUUGGCCGUCUCCGAAACUUGAUAAGCCACGAGAGGAAUACAAUGCGAAUGUAGCUGAAGGAGUCAAGUUUGUGAUUUCGUAG